AUGGAGGAUAGGUUAAAGAGGUUAAGGAUACGUAGAGGCCAACUAAAGGCGUUGUGUAAAAGAGCGCAUAAUACACUCAGUUCUAAUGUUGUCAACGAGCUCAAUGUAGCACAAUUAUUAGAGCGUAAAGCCAAAAUUGAAGUCACGUGGUCACAAUUCGACGAGAUUCAGUCGGAAAUCGAAGAGUUGCUAGAUUCGGCGGACACAAUCGCGACACACGAAGCCGAAAAAAGCGACUUCGAAGAGACAUAUUAUGACAUUAAGUCAAGGUUUCAGGAUUUAAUUAUUUCUCGUGGCGCAACGGCCACUUCGGGCGCUGAAGCGCGUUCCACGAGCACCAAUCGUAAUCGAGCAUUAACAGGCAAUCUGAAAUUACUAAAAAUUGAUUUACCAUCUUUUUCAGGAUCCUACGAGGAAUGGUAUCCGUUCCAUGACACGUUUCAGUCACUUAUUCACAGAGAUCGUUCAAUCACUGAAAUUCAAAAAUUUCAUUAUUUAAAGGCAGCGCUUAAAGGAAAGGCUGCUGAAUUAAUUCAGUCACUCGAGAUGUCGGCUGACAAUUAUGAGCAAGCCUGGCAAAUGUUAAUAAAGCGAUACGACAACAAGCGACUCAUCAUUCAAAAACAUCUCAGGGCACUAUUUGAGCUGCCAACGAUUUCUAAGGAGAAUUUUGCAGCGCUUCGCCAGUUAGUCGAUGAAGUUCUCAAGCACACCAGGGCCUUGAAGGCAAUGGGCCGCCCAAUUGAUUCAUGGGACGACCCUAUCAUAUAUCUAGUAACAGGUAAAUUGGAUCACAAUACCAAUAAAGAGUGGGAAGACACUAUCGCAGGAAAUGACAUUCCCACGCUGCAGCGUUUAAUGGAAUUCUUAGAGCAUCGAUGUCAUACGUUAGAAGCUGUCAAUAGAAAAGGUUCUUCGGUGCAGGCGCAAGCAAAGGCUGGACAAGAAAAGGUUUCGGCUCUCGUUAGCACCAAGGCGGCAGCAUGUCAAAAAUGCAAGGAAAAUCACCAGAUAUAUUCAUGCAAGCAGUUUUUAGAGCUUUUACCAGAGGAACGUCUAAACUUCAUAAAGGAGGCAAAAUUAUGCUGGAAUUGUUUGAAAGUCUCAUCACAUAUAGCCAAGGAUUGCAAGGCUGGCAGUUGCAAAACAUGCGGAAAACGGCACAAUUCUCUACUUCACAUUCCUGGUAACACAGCCGAAACAAAGGUCUCGAAUUCCUCAAAUCAGAUCACAGAGCCAACAGGCAAUUCAUCCACGUCUAAUGUAGCACACGCAACUAUGUUAAACGUAUGUUCGCAAGUUUUCUUAUCAACGGCAGUUGUCAACGCCCACGAUAAUCAAGGAAACAAACAAGCAUGUCGCAUUCUGCUUGAUUCCGGUUUGCAGUCAAAUUUUAUAACUGAAGAUUUGGUGCAACGUUUAGGCCUCACAGUGAGACCGAUCGAUGUCUCUAUAGUCGGAGUUAAUCAUGCUUACAGUCAAGUCAAGAAAAUGGUACAAGUGCAAUUAAGUUCAAGAUAUUAUUCAUACAACAUUAUCAUCAAUUGUUUAGUCUUGAAGAAAAUCACAGAACGAUUACCUAAUGUCACCAUAGACAAGAGCAUUUUCAAGAUACCACCAAAUUUGCCCAUCGCAGAUCCAAAUUUUAAUCAAUCAACAGAUAUUGAAGUACUCUUAGGUGCAGAAAUAUUCUGGAGCACUCUGUGCGUUGGACAAAUCAAGGAAACAGCAGAGCAUCCGUUACUUCAGAAAACCCUUUUUGGAUGGGUUCUAAGUGGAAGAUAUCCGGGCAUCACUACGCCCAUAGAAACAGUACAUUGCAAUGUAACAACGAAUCAUCUCAAUCUCGAACGAGCCAUCGAGAGAUUUUGGCAGACUGAGCAAAUCUCUACGACGCCAGUGCUCACGGCCGAGGAAAGACAAUGCGAAACUCAUUACAAGGAAAAUCAUUACCGGGCUGAGGAUGGUCGUUUCGUUGUAAAGUUGCCCAUCAGGGAAAAUGAACUGCAAACACUAGGAAAUUCUUAUGAUAUCGCUUUGAAACGCUUUCACGCUUUGGAAGGCAGACUGAGUCGUCAUCCUGAAUUAAAGGCAGCAUACACACAGUUCAUGCAGGAAUACAUCGACCUUGGCCAUAUGAAUCCUAUCAAGGCGAAUUCACAAGAAACAGCUGUAUCAUAUUACAUGCCACAUCAUGAGGUCAUCAAGAGUACUAGUACCACCACUAAGACUCGUGUAGUUUUUGACGCGUCAUGCAAGACAGACACCGGGGUAUCGCUAAAUGAUGUCCUCAUGAUAGGACUAACAUUGCAACCAGAUUUAUUCUCUAUUUUAAUCAAAUUUCGCAUGUGGAAAUACGUUAUUUCAGGAGACGUGACGAAGAUGUAUCAUCAAAUCUGGGUUGAUAAAUCUCAACGGAGAUUACAAAGAAUUUUAUGGCGAAGCAACGACACAGAGGAAGUGCGAACUUUUGAAUUAGCCACCGUGACAUAUGGUACUGCAUCCGCAUCGUUCCUUGCGAUACGAUCCUUGCAAGAAAUAGCAAGACUGGAGCAGGACAGCUCACCGAUAGGAGCAUCAAGAAUCCUAUCUGACUUUUACGUAGAUGACUUUCUAAGUGGUGCCAACAGCAUUGAAGAGCUCAUCGAAAUAUGCGAUCAAGUGAACAUGAUAUUAACUAAGGCAGGAUUUAUUUUAAGCAAAUGGGUCUCCAAUGAACAGGCGGUCCUGGAUGGCAUUUCUGCGACGUCUGCAAACUUCAUUCUAAACAUUAGCGAUAGCACAAGCUUACGUACCUUGGGCUUACAAUGGGAUUCUCAAGGGCCAAUUAUCACUACAGCGAAGAUUCUCAUACAGCAACUGUGGGAACUUAAAGUUGAUUGGGACGAAUCCUUGCCCAGCGACAUUCAAACGCAGUGGGCACGUUAUGAAGCGGAACUUCCAAUGUUAAAUCAACUUCAAGUCAUGCGAAGAGUUGUGCAUUCUGACCAUACGGAAUUAGAGUUAUGUGGUUUCGCUGACGCCAGCGAAAAGGCGUACGGAGCUUGCGUCUAUGUCAGGAGCAAGAUUUCACAAGAGACAUACAAGGCAAGUCUGCUGUGUGCAAAAUCUCGAGUCGCUCCGUUGAAGAAUCUGUCUUUACCACGCCUUGAAUUGUGUGCAGCUUUAUUAUUAGCACAAUUAAUGCACAAGAUACUAGAGUCUGUAAGCAUCGUAUUCACACAUGUCUAUUAUUGGUCAGAUUCUACAAUAAUAUUAUCAUGGAUAAAGUCACCUCCAAGAAGAUGGAACACGUUUGUAGCAAAUCGCGUGAGCGCGAUUCAAGACUUUUCAGAUCCAAAUAAUUGGUUUCAUGUAGAUUCAUUACACAAUCCUGCGGACAUAAUCUCAAGAGAAUUACCUGAAGCUAAGAGGACAGUAUUGGCUGUAGCGGCGCAGCAGGAGCCUUUGGAGUUUUUCAGCAGAUACUCAUCUUUCAAUAAGUUAACACGAGUUCAAGGUUAUAUUCUGCGUUUUAUCCACAAUUGCCAUACAAAUGAAAUCAAACAUCAAGGAGAAUUAUCAGCAAUUGAAAUUAACUCAGCUAUAAAUUCAUUGGUCAAGAUGAUACAAGCAUCUACUUUUUCGAUUGAACUCAAAUUAUUGCUAAAUAAUCAAUCGUUGUCAAAGAAUAGUAAGCUUUUACCUCUCAAUCCUUUUCUAGAUGAACAAGGAAUUAUGCGAGUCGGUGGCAGACUUCAAAGAGCUGAUCUCCCAUACUCAGCGAAGUAUCAGAUGUUAUUACCAGCUAAUCAUCCCUUUACAAAAUUAUUAAUAGAAAAUGAACAUUCCAGAUUACUACACGCAGGGCCACAGGCAACUUUAGCGUCUAUUCGUCAAAAAUUCUGGCCUUUAAAUGGCAGAAACAUAGUGCGACUUAUAAUUCGAAGAUGCAUCAAGUGCUUUCGUAGCAAUCCUUCAAUUAUUCAGCCGAUCAUGGGUAACCUCCCCAGAGCACGAGUUCAAGUAUCUCGACCGUUUUCAAACGUGGGAGUGGAUUUUUGUGGACCGUUCCACGUUCGCGAAUCCAAACGGCGUAAUUCAAGGACCAACAAAUCAUAUGUUGCUAUCUUUGUUUGUCUAGCAACCAAGGCUGUUCACGUGGAAAUGGCUUUCGAUCUUUCAGCUGAAGGCUUCAUACACGUUUUAAGGCGUUUUAUCGGGCGCCGAGGCAAGCCAAGUGAUAUCUACUCCGACAAUGCUACGAAUUUUAUAGGAGCGGAUCGUAAACUGAAAGAGUUGCACAAAAUGUUCAUUGAGGAAGUACGCAACUUAACACGAGAUUGCGCUAUUCAAGGUAUACAAUGGCACUUCAUACCGCCUAGAACCCCCCACUUUGGCGGCAUAUGGGAGGCCGCAGUCCGAUCAUUUAAAACUCAUUUCCGAAAGGUGGUCGGUGCGACUUUAUUAACGACAGAUGAAAUGCAAAUCUUUUCCAUCCAAAUAGAGGCUAUUUUAAACUCCCGUCCCAUCUCGGUCCUUUCUAAUGAUCCUAAUGAUUUAACGUACCUGACGCCUGGGCAUUUUCUCAUUGGGAGCGCACUUACCGACAUUCCUGAGCCAACUCUGUUGGGCAUUCAAGAAAAUAGACUUACUCGAUGGCAAAAGGUCGAUCAGAUGCGUCAGCAUCUGUGGAAGAGGUGGAAACUCGAGGAUAUUAAUGUAGUCCCUGGAAACAUGGUGCUUGUGAAAGAGGACAACACACCGCCAUUGCAUUGGCCUAUCGGCAGAGUGCUAGAAACACAUCCUGGAGACGACGGUGUUGUCCGCACUGUUACGAUUAAAACUACUAAAGGGAUAUUCAAAAGGCCAGCGAACAGACUGAGCUUGCUUCCCAUGGAGCAUUAA